GCUGGCAGUCAGUUCUUUAGUGGCUUUCUGGGAGCACGGUCGUCUUACUCACUGAUUCGGAUAGGGAAUCCAUUUACCACUAUCUCUGGUGAGGAGUUACCAAAGAGGCUCAUUUAAAUUCAAAACCAGUGGAAGCUAAUUGCGUCUGUGGCCAGAAUGAAGUGCCUGAUAGUGUUUGGGCUGAUUGUGGCCGUGUUCGGUGCUUUCGCGGGCUAUGGCUACGUGGUAUUCACGGAUCUGACCAAACCACUGCCCAAGCCGGAGUUCAAGGACAAUACCUUCUGGGGUCCUGGCGAUGUCAAGGACUAUGUGCCCGAUGAGAAGAUCUACGAGUUCAAGCUGCAAGUUCCACAAGCGGAGAUUGAUGAUCUGAGAAAGGAACUCAACCGGACGCUUAAACUCACCGAACCGCUGGACGGGAUCGCUUUUGAGUAUGGAUUUAACACCUAUGCCCUGGAGCAGUUUGUGGACUACUGGCGGGACAAGUACCUGACCAAGUGGGAUGAGCGCCAGGCGCUGUUCAACUCAUUGAAGCAGUACACGACCGAAAUUCAGGGUUUGAAUAUUCACUAUAUUCACGAGAAGGCCUCUGAGGAAGCUCAGGCCAAGAAGCAUGUAUAUCCUCUGCUCCUGCUUCACGGCUGGCCAGGAUCCGUUCGUGAGUUCUACGACUUUAUACCUAUGCUUACCAAGGAAACGAACAUCACGGAUUACGCUUUUGAGGUGGUGGCACCUUCCCUGGUGGGAUACGGGUGGUCUGAUGCAGCCACACGUCCCGGAUUUAAUGCCGCCGAAAUGGCCACCGUGAUGCGCAACUUGAUGCUGCGCUUGGGUCACAAGAAGUUCUUCGUCCAGGGAGGAGAUUGGGGCAGCAUCAUUGGCAGCAAUCUGGCCACUCUCUACCCGGAGAAUGUGAUCGGCUACCAUUCGAACAUGUGUGUCCUGCACUCGCCACUGGCUAUUCUAAAGGGAAUCUACGCCAGCUUCUACCCGGAAAAGUACCUGCCUUCAAGAUUCUUUGUGGAUCAUCACUUCCCCGUUUGGGACAAGUGGUUGGAGCUGCUGAAGGAGAGCGGUUACUUCCACAUUCAAGCCACCAAGCCAGAUACGAUUGGAGCUGCUCUGACCUCCAGUCCUGUGGGUUUGGCCUCUUACAUCCUGGAGAAGUUCCAAACUUGCACGAAUCCUGGCCUGCAGCAAGAUUUUGGCGCUAUAGUCACUGUCUUUGGUCUGGAGGCUGUGCUGGACAACCUAAUGGUCUACUACCUGACCAAUUCAGCCACCACAGCGGCUCGUUUCUAUUUGGAGAACGUGUCCAAGACCUACAGGGAUCUGCAGUUGGAUCGAGUGCAGAGUCCGGUUCCGAUGGGCUGUGCCCGCUUCCGCUUCGAUCUGCCCUCGGUGACCGACUGGCAGCUGAGGGACAAGUUCCCCAACCUAAAGCAUUCGAUGUACUUCCAGCAGGGUAGCCACUUUGCCGCCUUGGAGAUGCCAGCCAUGUUAUACAAUGACCUUACAGCCUUUGUUGUAAAGAUUGGCCUGCACGGCGAGAAGCCAAAAUAAAUUGUUUCUUACUAUUAAUAGCAAA